UAUCUUACCCAUCCAAAUAGUGUCACAUUCAGUUAAAUGCAGAAAAGUAGACCUUGAUAAUUUGACAAUUGAAAAAAACUGAUCAUAGUCAAUAAAUAAUUAAUUGAAGUACUGACAGUUCUGCAUAAACGUAAGAUAUUAAAAUACCGAAGUAUUUAAGCAACCAACUUUAAAGAUGUCAUCAACAAUCUAUAUGCCGGAUAUGAUGUCCGAGGAGAGUUUUGGUACCCACUAUUUAUGUAUGGAGUUAUGCAUUGCAGUUAUUUUUUAUUUUGGCGCUGAGAUACUGUUUGUAUAUACAAAAAAGUUCUUUCAAUGGCUUUUGAAAUGGUUGUUUGAAACAGGUGUUUGGGAUUGGAUUGGGUUACGAGAUCUGAAUGCAGAAGCUGAUUUGGUUAGAUUAGAGCAAUUACUUGUGUAUCUCAUAGCACAAUAUAUUCAACAACAUCCCGGUGCAUUGAGAGAAGAAGAGCCGGAUAUGCAUCAACUUGAUGAAAUAUUCUUAGUUAUUGAAGGAUAUGAAGAUGAAGCCCAAGUCCAAGCCGAAGUGGAAGAGGAAGAGGAAGAUGAAGACUCCGAUGAUGAAUAUGAUGACUUAAUUUGGAAGAUGGGCCGGAGCUUGCAAUUUUAUUACUUGUGUGAUUGAAAUAAGAUUAGCAAUUUUUAAAAACUUAAGAAAAAA